AAUUUUCUGUUCCAUUGUGUGUGAAUCAACAUGGAGAAGAGAGAAUAGUCGUGAGUUUGAAGUUCUGCGUAAGUUUCGUUUUCUUUUCUGAUUAUCUUUACUUGUUUCAAAAAAAAAAAAAAAAUCACAGAAACAACAAGGUUUCCGAUUGAAUAUUCUUGUAUUGAAACUUCGUUUGCAAUUUCUAGACCUUCGUCACGACGCACACGAGUCCCAGCUAAAUAGUUUUGUAUUGGUUGACCAACAAAAAAAAUAUAUAUAGUGAACUAUCAAUGGGGUCUUUGUGUCUGUAUAUUAUUUUCUUCGACAGAAGUUUCAACUUAAUUUGGAAGAACAAUGCAUAAAGAAAUUUCUUGUCGAUUUUCCCUUAAUUUCUCCACGUUUUCCUGUCUCAGUUGAUCCUUAUAUUUUAUUCCACAAGUCGCAGAACGUUGACUGUCGAAUACUUGGCUACAUGAUAAAUGGCUACCAAAAACUUAUCUCAAAUAUUUUAAAUAAAUAUUACAAGCGUGGAUAUGUCAAACCAAAACAUAUAUAACUGAAAAAAUCAAAAUUUAUUGAUUUUUUUUAUAAAAAAUAUCAACUAAACAUAUGUAUAUAACAAAACAACAUAUGUGAAACACCUUCUAACGAUUGAUCUUAAGAAUUGUCGCUGACCACGAAUUCUCAGAUGCCUGAGAUUCGUAUCAUUAACGUUCAUUCCACAUUGUUAAGUCUAUACAAUGGUCCUUAAUUAGAACCAGUGGCGGAGGGAGGUAGGGAGUAAGGGAGGCAGCUGCCCCCUAUGAAAUACUGAAAUAAUUACUUUUCCAUUGUUUAUUUGAGAAUUAUAUGAUUUUAGUUGUGAUUUUUUUUCUACUACCCCUAUAAAUUGAAGAUAAAUUUUAACUGCCUCUGGUAAAACUUUCGUUUGGCUCCGCCAUUGAUUAGAACCCCCAGGAAUUAGUUAAGCUGUAUUUUUCCACGUAACUUCAGCUAUAUUUUCUUUGACAAAAUCAGUUUCUUGUCAUAUUCCUGAAGUUUCUAUAUCAUUACUCUUCUCAUAUACACUACACGUACGUAUAUAAUAUGGCAUGGAAUCGUUCACACGGUAAGGUCUAAGUCGUCUAAUCAAUUAAACAUAUCGAUCAAGUUGUGUUCCACACCUACGACUUUUCUAUAGUUAAAGUAAUCAUCUAAACAACCACCGAGACUCCCAAAUUCCAAGUCGAUGGUUUUCCUUUUCCUAUAUAUAUGACUUAAGCAUUCACUUUCUAUCAUAUCAUCAACAAAAAAUCAUUCACUCUCUUUUCUUCAUAUCAAUCAGAGAGAACCAAACAUGAAUCCAAACUCCGACAACAACCAAAGAUGGGAGGCGAAGCUGAAGGACUUAACUUCCAACGUCCAGCAGAUACAAGACAACUUGUUGAAGGAGAUCCUCACACCAAACCUGAACACAGAAUACCUCCAACGUUUUCGCGUCGAGAGGUUUGAUAAAGAGCUCUUCAAGAAGAACGUACCGGUCGUGUCCUAUGAAGAUAUUAAGCCUUAUAUCGACCGUGUCGUUAAUGGAGAGUCGUCAGAUGUCAUAUCGACUCGUCCUAUUACCGGUUUCUUGCUAAGUUCGGGAACUUCGGGAGGAGCACAGAAGAUGAUGCCAUGGAACAACAAGUACUUGGACAAUUUAACAUUCGCAUACGAUCUUCGUAUGCAUGUUAUAACCAAGCAUGUGAAAGGCUUGGAGGUUGGAAAAGGGAUGAUGUUUCUCUUCACUAAACAAGAAGCCAAGACUCCUUCUGGCUUACUUGCUCGAGUCGCAACCAGCAGCUACUUCAAGAGCGACUAUUUCAAGAACCGUCCAUCUAACUGGUACUACUCGUACACAAGCCCUGAUGAAGUCAUCUUAUGUUCCAACAACACACAAAGUCUCUACUGCCAUUUGCUAUGCGGCUUGCUCCAACGCGACGAGGUUGUGAGAAUGGGUUCCAUCUUCGCAUCAGUCAUGGUCCGAGCAAUCAAGUUCCUCGAAACUUACUGGGAAGAGUUGUGUUCAAACAUCCGAACAGGCCGUCUCAGCGAGUGGAUCACCGACCUCGGUUGUCGUAGUUCUGUGUCUUUGGUCCUUGGAGGACCACGUCCUGACUUGGCAGACACGAUUGAGACUAUCUGCAACCAGAGUUCUUGGAAAGGUAUAGUCACAAGAAUCUGGCCCAACACUAAGUAUAUUGAGACCGUUGUUACGGGCUCAAUGGGACAGUAUGUUCCCACGUUGAACUACUAUUGCAGCGACUUGCCUCUCGUUUCAACGACUUACGGCUCUUCGGAGACUACGUUCGGGAUCAAUGUAGAUCCUCUGUGCAAACCUGAAGAUGUUUCUUACGCGUUCAUGCCUAACAUGUCUUACUUUGAGUUCAUAACGAUGGAUGGAGACAAGCGUGAUGUGGUCGACCUUCAUGAUGUGAAAGUUGGGUGCACUUAUGAACCUGUCGUCACAAACUUCGCCGGAUUGUAUAGAAUGAGAGUGGGAGAUGUUCUCUUGGUGACUGGUUUUUACAACAAUGCACCUCAGUUUAGGUUUGUAAGAAGAGAGAACGUUGUCUUGAGCAUCGAUUCAGACAAAACCAACGAGGAAGAUCUAUUUAAGGCAGUGAGUCAAGCCAAGCUUGUUCUUGACUCGUCAGAUCUCUUUCUUGAAGACUUCACUAGCUAUGCUGACACCUCAACAUUUCCUGGUCAUUACGUGCUUUAUGUGGAAGUAAGGGCCAAAGAGGGGAAGAAGUAUUUGGAACUCAACAAAGAGGCCUUGGACCUCAACAAAGAGGCCUUUUCCAAGUGUUGUUCAGUGAUGGAGGAUUCGCUUGACAAUGUUUACAAGAGAUGUAGGUUCAAAGAUGGAUCAGUCGGGCCUUUGGAGAUAAGAGUGGUGGGUAAAGGGACGUUUGAUUCUCUCAUGAACUUUUUUAUCAACCAAGGUGCUUCCAUUGGUCAAUACAAGGCUCCUAGAUGCAUUAAAUCAGGAAAGGCUUUAGAGUUCAUGGAGGAUCGUGUGGUUGCCAAAUUCUCUAGUGCUUGAAUUAGUUAUUCCUUGAAUUUGUAAGUCCAAGUGACUUGUAGAAAUAAACAUACAUGUGCAUGUGUUGUGUAGUAAUUUUUCAGAAUAUUUUUAUUAAUGCCUUAUUUGAAAUUCAUCUGUAAAAUUUGGAACACAACAAUGUAAACAUUGACAAUUUCCAAGUCUAUUUUACUUGAUAAA